ACCAGACAUUGGCCGCUAAGAGAAGGGCGUGUCUAGGACUCACCAGCAUGGCGCCGUGCUCUGUAUGGAGUAGUGAUUUGUAGGAUGCGGCGGCAGAAAGCAGGCCGGUCCCCGGCUCCAGGCCGGUCCCAGCCCGUCAUCAGUCACUUCUUCAGACCUCAGGGUGGUGGGGCACCGCGAUUACCGACAGUCCAGCCUGCACAGUUGUCUAAAAAUAUUGCAGCAGAAAAUGAUGAGCCAAGCAAGAAAAAAAGAAAGAAACAUCAUGAAAGUGAAGGGAAUGGUGUCUGUAUUUCUGAGCCUUUAGAACAAAAGAAAUGUGGAAAACCAUCUCUGUCAUGUGAAACCCAACAUAAGUUAAGGCAGUUUUGCAGUGAAUCUGGAACAGACGCAGAGCAUUCGCGCUUGAAAAUCCCAGAGCACUUGAUUCCUUUUUCUGGAUUUAAAGAUGGACUGACAAAGCCGGAGACUGCCGUUCUAGAUGGGGACUUGCCUUCUAAGAUCAGGACCGAAUCACAAAAGUCAAAUACGCUUCCUUCUCUCAAGCCAUGCGAAGUGCAUUCUUCUGAAACAAAAACUUCCAACCGCAGAAGCAAAUCCGUGUACACACCUCUGGAGGAGCAGUACAUAGACAUCAAGAAGCAGUACCAAGACGCAGUCCUAUGUGUAGAAUGUGGAUACAAAUACAGGUUUUUCGGAGAGGAUGCAGAGAUUGCAGCACGUGAGCUGAACAUAUACUGCCACCUUGACCACAAUUUUAUGACUGCGAGUAUUCCCACUCACAGAUUAUUUGUCCAUGUCAGGCGACUUGUUGCAAAAGGAUAUAAAGUUGGAGUAGUUAAACAAACAGAAACGGCAGCGCUGAAGGCAGCAGGUGACAACAAGAAUUCUUUGUUUACCAGGCGACUUUCUGCUCUGUACACAAAAUCAACACUCAUUGGAGAAGAUGUGAACCCUUUGAUGAACAUUGAUGAAUCACUUGAGGUUGGGACAGUCACAACAGAAUGCCCUAACAGCUACCUUUUAUGUAUCUCUGAAAAUCUGGAGAGAUCCAAGAACAAGAACUCUGAUGGGCCACUCUUUGGUUUAGUGGCUGUUCAGCCUUCUACAGGAGAGGUGAUCUAUGACAACUUCCAUGACUCUAAGUGCUGCUCUGAACUGGAGACUAGAAUAUUUCGCUUACAGCCAGUGGAAAUCCUGCUUCCUUGUGACAUUUCUGAUGGAACUGAAAAGCUGAUCAGUAGCAUUACAACGGCAUGUUUACGAGAUGAUGACCGAAUACGUAUUGAGAGAAUGGAUAGUCUUCAUUUUCAAUACAGUCAAGCAUUUCAGCUCAUCAGUGAAUUCUACACUUGUGGUUCAGGUGCGAGUUCUGAAAGGUUAGCCCAGAUUCUGAAACUGGACAGAGCUGUGAUUUGUUCUUUAGCUGCACUAAUUACAUAUCUUAAAGAAUUUCAUUUGGAAAAGAUACUUCAUAAUCCAAAUCAAUUUAUGCCGAUGUCCAGUUCAGUAGAGUGCAUGAAUAUUAAUGGGACAACUCUAAGAAAUCUGGAAAUCUUACAAAAUCAAACUGACCAGAAGACAAAGGGUAGCUUGAUCUGGGUGUUGGACCAUACCAAAACCGCAUUUGGUAGACGAAAGCUCAGGCAAUGGGUGGCUCAACCACUGAUAAAUUCCAGUGAAAUCAACAUGCGACUUGACGCUGUGUCAGAAAUUCUGUUUUCAGACAGCAGUGUUUUUAGCCAGAUCCAUAGUUACCUCGUCAAACUGCCUGAUCUGGAUAGAGGGAUUUGUGGUAUUUAUCACAAAAAGUGUUCCCCUCAGGAGUUUUUCUUAAUAGUCAACACAUUGUGUCACUUGGAAAGCCAGCUUGAAGCAUUGAUUCCUGCUAUUAAAUCUCAAGUUAAAUCCAGUUUGCUAAAGAAGAUUUUCACAGAUAUUCCACAAAUCCUAAGUCCAGUACAGAAGUUUGCAGAGGUGUUAAAUGAAGAGGCUGCCAAGGCUGGGAACAAAACUGAACUUUUUAAAGAUCUCACAGAUUUUCCAGUGGUCAGUGAAAGAAAGGCAGAGAUCAAAGAAGUGAUUUCACAAAUUCAUCGUCAUCUUACUGAUGUCCGAAAAAUGUUGAAAAAUCCUUCCAUUUCUUACACUUCUGUGUCUGGGCAAGAGUUUUUAAUAGAAGUGAAGAAUUCCUUGGUGUCUAAAGUGCCAUCCAACUGGGUCACUGUAAGCAGUACAAAGGCGGUCAGUCGCUUCCACUCUCCUUUUAUUGUAGAAAAUUACAGACAUCUGAAUCAGCUUCGGGAGCAGUUAGUCCUUGACUGCAAUACUGAAUGGCUACGUUUUCUUGACAAAUUUGGAGAACAUUAUCAUUCAGUGUCUAAAGCUGUUAAUCACCUAGCAACUGCUGACUGCAUUUUCUCUCUAGCGGAAGUAGCAAAACAAAGCGGUUAUUGCAGGCCUACGGUUCAUGACAGGGGAUGUGAAAUAGUCAUCAAAAAUGGUAGACAUCCGGUAAUUGAUUUGCUUCUAGAAGAACAAAACCAGUACGUUCCGAACAGUACCAGCCUCUCGGCAAACACGGAAAGAGUAAUGAUAAUCACUGGACCUAACAUGGGCGGAAAGAGCUCAUACAUAAAACAGGUGGCUCUUAUAACAGUCAUGGCACAGUUGGGCUCCUAUGUGCCGGCAGAAGAAGCCACUAUUGGUAUUGUGGAUGGAAUGUAUACCAGAAUGGGUGCUGCGGAUAAUAUAUAUAAAGGAAGAAGCACGUUUAUGGAAGAGUUAUCGGAGACAUCGGAGAUACUAAAACAAGCUACUCCUCGUUCUCUCGUUAUUUUGGAUGAAUUGGGAAGAGGCACCAGUACUCAUGAUGGCAUUGCCAUUGCAUAUGCCACUCUUGAAUAUUUCAUCAAAGAUGUUUCAUCAUUAACAUUAUUUGUCACACAUUACCCACCUCUGUGUGAGCUGGAGAGGCACUAUCCUGCAUGUGUUGGAAACUAUCAUAUGGCUUUCUUCAUUGAUGAAGAACAUCAAGGUACUACAAAAGAGACUGAAGUUGCGGAUAACCCUGAGUAUAUUACAUUUUUGUAUCAGAUAACCAGAGGAAUUGCUGCUAGGAGUUAUGGAUUGAAUGUAGCUAAACUGGCAGACGUCCCAGAGGAAGUUUUAAAGAAAGCAGCUUGUAAAUCAAAAGAGCUGGAGGGUUUAGUGGAAAUGAAAAGAAAGAAAAUGAAGACAUUUCAAGGAGUCUGGAAUAUUCAGAAGUCUGAGGAUCUACGGGAAUUAUUAGAUGCCAAGUAUCUUAACUAAAUAUACAUUGCAACAAGCCAACAUCAUGAGGUCCCUGUGCUGAAAGCAUGGUCAUUAUUCGCUGUAGAUACUGAAAUCCGUGUUUCAUGUUUGUUAAAUGCAGCUUGAAUUCUCUCUUCCUUGCUUAGAGGUCACUAGCUGUUUAGAUAUAGACCCAGCAAACGAUAAGUAGACUCCUAGACAUUUUGGCAAAAGUGUAGGUAUUUCAUUUAACAUAAAUCAUAACAAAACCUAAAAAUAAACAUGUAUUAUAUUGCAGAUUACUAGUCUUUAGAUGUGGUGGCUGCACUUGUUUUCAGUCUAAGAAUAUUUUCAGCAAGUACAGAAAAUACCUGUUGACGUUGCCAGAAAUGCAAUUACAGCUUCCUCUAUAAAUACAUUGGGAUGAGUGUAGUCACCCAGAGACAGAAAGUGUGUUAUUUACUAAUAUUAUGCUUUAUUAGAAUUUGAUUCAUUUAAAAAUUGGGUGAAAAUAAAGGGCGGAAAAAAAUAAACAAAUUCAAGCCACCACACCUAGGACCUGUAAACUGAAAAACAUUAUAUUUUUGUUUUGGGGUUUAAAUACGCUUUAGGAGAACAGUUACUUGUAUACUUACUGGAGUUUUCUCUUCACAUUAAAUCUUUUGUCCCUGUUGACUAAAAAUUAUAAUCAACUUCUGUCAAUAAAAUAUUUUAAGUAUAA